AUGGCUCUUGAGGAAGUGCGGCGAGGGGGUUUUGCUGCAGAUGAUUCGGACCAGCAAAGCAGCAGCAGCAGCAGCAGCAGCAGCAGCGAGGAAGAACUUAUGAAAAAAAGACAAUUAAAUAUGUUGAAAGAAAUAUCUGGAGAAGGCGAAGAUGGCCCUGCAG